CUGUCUUCAUAUCUGUCAGAACAGCCAUGAGUGGCCGGGCCUCCUCUUCUUCUUCUUCGCCCCUGCCCGGAUCAGAGGCAGACGCUGUUUUUCCCUCUUCGCUUGCGUCUGCAGAAUGUUGCGAGGAACACGAGGAGUACCUGUCCUUGUUCUGUCUGGAUGAGUUGGAGCCCUUAUGUAAACACUGUGCAGCUGACAGCCACGCACGCCACAGGGUGUACCUUUCAGAGGAGGCCGCGAUCGACUGCAAGGAGGAGCUUAAAACAUCACUAACCAGGUUAGACGUGAAGAUUAAAAACUUCGAGGACGUAAUCCAGGCCUGCAGAACGGCAUCCAAGUGCAACCAGACUGAUUCCCAUCUCACAGAGGAGAUCAUGAAGGAAGAGUUUGAGAAACUUCAUCGGUUUUUGAGAGAGGAGGAAGCAGCCAGACUUCAUGCGCUGAUGGAGGAGAAGGAGGAGAAGAGCAGGAAGGCUGCAGAGAGGGGAAAACGGCUAAACCAGGUGAUAACAUCCCUGGAGGACAAGAUCCGGCUGACUGAACGGGAGCUCCACGCCGGGGGAGAAGGAUCCGAAUACUUACAGGAAUACCAAGAUACAAUGAGUAGCACAGAGUGCGCUAACACCAAGCCGGAGAGGAUCCACAGGCCUUUAAUCAACGUGGCAAAACACUUAGGCAACCUCCGAUACGCCGUUUGGGAGAAGAUGAAACAAAUCGCCCCCUAUUCUCCGGUGACUCUGGAUCCCAGAACAGCAGGCCGGGCUGUGAGGGCGUCGUCUUCAGAGCUGAGCCGUUUCCAUGUCACCGCUGGACCCUGGCGGAGCGCAGAGCGGCUCGUAAACGAGGCCGAGUCUGAACGCCUCCACCCUCAUCCCGGCAUCCUGGCAAGAGAGGGCUUUAGCACCGGGGUGCACUGCUGGGACACGGAGGUUGGGGAGACCGACAGAUGGACAGUGGGUGUAGCUGCUCUGUCAGCGCUGAAAACCACCACAUGUGAAGCAUCUCCAGAAGCCGGACUCUGGUGCAUCAGGCUCAAGGAUGGCGAGUACCUAGCUCUCACGACUCCCACUCAAACCCUCGACGUCGGCAGCUCACGCCACCUCAACAGAGUCCGAGUAAAACUGGACCUCGAAGGAGGGACGGUGACAUUCGUAGAUGCUGACACGGACGCGCCUCUUUUUACCUUCACGCAUUGCUUCACGGGAGCAGUCUAUCCUUACUUUGAGUCGUCGUCUGCAGGUGGAGGUGUUGCAGUGUUGGAACAGAGAGUGAAGAUCAGCGUGGACUCGGAGGAUCGGCCCGCAAAAGGCAACUCUCCCACGGAGAAAGGCGCUGCAGCAAAGACAGCGAGAGAGACCGACAGGAAGUCGGUCGAAUUAUGUUGUGCAAAAAGGGAGGAACCAGGAAAACCUGAAGGAAAGGAGAAGACGCCAAACACCAGAGAUAUUAAGAAGCAGAGCAGAAAGAGCAGGUUUAACGUGAGCUACCAUGUUUCACUGAACAAAGCCCUGAGCAACAACAGCUAGUUUAACAAUAACUUUAUUAUUAAUAAUGGAGAACAAACAUGGUAGUUUUAUACCUUUAAUCUAGUUUAUCAGAACAAGAAUCCAGAGAAACCCCUACUAGUUUAUAAAUUAUGGAGUACUUUUUGUUUGCAUUUCCUCUAAUUCAUGUAAAGCACUUUGAAUUGUCUUGUUGCUGAAAAUGUGCUAUAGAAAUAAAAUGUACCUUACCUUACCAUCACUCACUGUGGAAACUUUAAAUAAAUCUAAUUAAGUGCAAACAGUGUGACAAAUAAAAGAAAAAAAAAAAGAGUUAGACAAAUGUAAUAAAAAAAAAAAUUUAAGAUCAGGUGCAAUAUUUUACAUUGUGCAAAUAUAAUUAGACUUUUUGUUCUGCAGUAAAACUACCAAAUGAAAUGCAGGUUGUCGGGACAGCGGAUGGGUUGCUUUUUCACGUCCGUCAAUGUGUUAUGUAUUUUUACUGUUGCAAAAUUCUAUUUUUACACAAACAAAAUUAAAACAUAGUCUAGGUUUUCUUUUUUAUAGUAAAUUGCAAGUACAACAUACUAUCUGGUUAAUUGUAUUUAAGUGUUUCAAAAGCUAAUGCAACUCACAGCUGGAGUUUUGCUUUCAGAAGUUAAGCUUUAUAGUAUUGUAUGUACAGUUUUAACACAACUAUCCUACAGAGUGUCUAGUGUUUAUUUGUGCCUUCUAUCUAAAGAUUUUUAGUUGAUGUAUUUUAAGACUUGUAGAUGCAAGAAGUUUCUCAAACAUUUUAUAUACAACAUUUAUUUAAAAAAUCAACAAGGUUUCCAUCGUACAAUGGAGUUUUCUAAAAAAAAAUAAUAAAAA